GCUUCACUUCCGUUUUCCUAUAACAGUUACGUCUACUAUUUGCUUUAGCAUUUACCUUCCCUGUUUUCUUCUCUGUAUUUUGUUCUGUUUCUUGCAACGCAAUGGAAAGCAUUGAAGCCAAGUUUCCAGAAAACCCAUCUCUCAAAACACACAAACUUGUCCUUGGAGCACAAAUUUGUUUGAGAAUUGUGGCGAUUGCGACCGCAUUGGCUGCCACAUGGGUGAUGCUCACUUCCAAGCAAACAGUUAUGGUUUUUGGCAUACCAUUCGAUGCUCGAUAUAGCUAUUCUUCUGCUUUCAAGUUCUUCGCCUUUGCAAAUGCCUUUGCAUGUGGCUUCACUGUUCUCUCCUUGUUGUUUGUGUUCUUCUUCAGCCGCCGUGGCCUGACUCCUGCUAACUACUUCUUAUUGUUCCUGCACGAUUUGUUGAUGAUGUCGCUGGCGCUUUCCGGUGUGGCGGCUGGGACUGCAAUCGGAUACGUAGGCCGCUUCGGUAACAUCCAUGCUGGUUGGUUGCAAAUCUGCGACCGUUUGGGCAAAUUCUGCCACAAGGUGACCGCUUCCUUGAUAUUCUCUUAUCUGUCAGUCCUAUGCUUGCUGGUUCUUACCAUCAUCUCCGCUAGCAAGUCUAGACAAAUUAAGGUUUAGAACUCCUUAAUUUGGGUUGACAGACAGAUGAGAUGAGAGACGGGCGACCAUGACGAUGACUCAAUUCGCAUUUCUACAAACUUUGUUUACUCUUCAGUGGGAAAGGAAACUAAUUAAACUUUCCUUUUUACUAUCUUUCCUUGCCAUCUGUUGUAACAAAUACAACGAUGAUAUGGUAGGUACAUGUUGAUCUUGAAAUUCGAAAUUUAGUAAAUGGAUGGAUGGCUUUAAAUUCCUUAAUAAGAGAGUGGGGAAUAUAUGGAAUUAGAAACCAGUUUGGCACAACA